AACACUUUCUGCCAUUUUCUCUGAGUGUGUUUAACGGUCCCGGUUAAAGUAAGUCACUGAUUUGUUUUUCUAAGCGGGGCUGGGUGUUGGUUCAAGCCCGCUGUCUUCAUGGAGCAGCGAUGAUAUGACUAAGGACACUUUAUUUAUUAAAGACAAAAAAGGCGUGUGUGAUUUAACACUACUGUAAAGUGAAUAUCAUGUCCAGCCUCCGGCCAAGAUCUACCGGGUUUAGUGCUCGGCCCAGUUGUGUCGUUAUGCCAGAGUAUUGGUCGGUACAUUGCAAAUUAUAAAAGAGGAGGAGGAGGAGAAGUGCAGGAGGCUGGGCCAGCGGAAUGCUACGUGUCUUGGAAGUCCCUUUUAAACCCCCCUUCGUCUUCUGCGAUUACUGCAAGCCAAAAAAGUUUGGAAGUUACAACCGGAGCAAGCGGCAGACUGCCCUCCCCUUCAUCCAGGCCUCUCUCUCUCUCUCUGUGCGUGUGUGCGUGUGUGUUCGAGCCCGGUGAUCCAGCAGCAGCGGCGGCAGCAGUGGUGCGAAAUGUCCGGGGUGAAAAAGCUUCGUACGGAUCUCAACAGGUCAACUAAUGUGGUGUACCAGGCCCACCAUGUCAGCCGGAGCAAGAGAGGGCAGGUCGUGGGCACCAGGGGAGGCUUCAGAGGCUGUACCAUCUGGCUCACUGGUUUGUCAGGUGCCGGGAAGACUACCAUCAGCUUCGCCCUGGAAGAGUACCUUGUGUCCCAUGCUAUCCCUUGCUACUCGCUGGACGGCGACAACAUUCGCCAUGGCCUGAACAAGAAUCUGGGCUUCUCUGCUGAAGACCGCGAGGAGAACAUCCGUCGUAUCGCUGAGGUGGCCAAACUGUUUGCUGAUGCCGGGCUGGUGUGCGUCACUAGUUUCAUCUCUCCUUUCAGCAAGGAUCGUGAAGAAGCCAGGAAGAUCCAUGCAAGUGCCGGGCUGCCAUUUUUCGAAGUGUUUAUUCACGCUCCUCUUGAGGUGUGUGAGAGCAGGGAUGUAAAAGGACUUUAUAAGAAGGCUCGUGCUGGAGAGAUUAAAGGUUUCACUGGGAUCGAUUCAGAUUAUGAGCGACCUGAGGUUCCAGAUCUUGUACUGAAAACCGGAGAGCUCUCAGUGAACGAAUGCCUCAGUCAAGUUUUGGAGCUGCUCAGGGAUCAGAAUAUUGUACCAGGCGAGAUCAUGGAGGAGCUGAAUGAACUAUUUGUUCCGGAGAACAAGCUGAACCUCGCUGUGGCUGACGCAAACACGCUUCCCACCAUCAGCAUCACCAAGUUGGAUCUACAGUGGGUGCAGGUUUUGGCAGAGGGCUGGGCUAGCCCUCUAAAGGGCUUCAUGAGGGAGAGAGAGUUCCUCCAGGUCUUGCACUUUGGAAACCUGCUGGAUGGCGGGGCCAUCAACUUGUCUGUUCCCAUCGUCCUGCCUGUUAGUGCUGAGACCAAGCAGGAGUUGGACGGCUGUGCGGCUGUAGCUCUAGAGUACCAGGGUUCACGCGUGGCUAUUCUCAGGAACCCGGAGUUCUAUGAAAACCGCAAAGAGGAACGCUGUGCCAGACAGUGGGGAACCACUUGUCCACAACACCCUUACAUUAAGAUGGUCAUGGAGGGAGGUGAUUGGCUUGUAGGUGGUGACCUGGAGGUGCUGGAGCAAAUCAAAUGGAACGAUGGACUUGACCAGUACCGCCUUACUCCACAGGAGCUCAAGCAGAAGUUCAAAGACAUGAAAGCAGAUGCUGUAUUUGCCUUCCAGCUGCGUAACCCGGUCCACAACGGUCACGCCUUGCUGAUGCAGGACACCAAGCGCCGUCUGCUGGAGCGAGGUUACAAGAAUCCAGUCCUCCUACUGCACCCACUCGGCGGCUGGACCAAAGAUGACGACGUGCCUCUGGACUGGAGGAUGAAACAGCAUGCUGCCGUCUUAGAUGAGGGCAUCCUGGACCCAGCCAGCACCAUUGUCGCCAUCUUCCCUUCACCUAUGAUGUAUGCUGGACCCACAGAGGUUCAGUGGCACUGUAGAGCCAGAAUGAUUGCCGGAGCAAACUUCUACAUCGUUGGCCGGGACCCUGCAGGCAUGCCUCACCCAGAGACUAAAAAGGACCUUUAUGACCCCACCCAUGGAGGCAAGGUCCUCACCAUGGCCCCGGGCCUCACCUCUGUGGAGAUCAUCCCUUUCAGGGUAGCCGCCUACAACAAGACUAAGAAGGCUAUGGACUUUUAUGAUCCAGAGCGACAUGCUGACUUUGAGUUCAUCUCUGGAACUAAGAUGAGGAACAUGGCUCGGAGCGGCGAGAACCCUCCUGAUGGCUUCAUGGCUCCAAAGGCCUGGAAGGUGUUGGUCGAGUACUACACCUCUCUUCAGAAGGACAAGUAAUCAACAAAGCGCUCAGCUCGCCAGUCGACAGCACACUGUAAAACCAUUACAGUGGGUUCUUAAAGGGCGUAUUUUAGAUCCAGUCUUGUUUUAUGUAUUUAGGAUUAUGAAUGUAGCUUAUUAUAAAUAAUGAGUCAUUCUGGAAGGGGUGGGUGUUUUGUACAAGUCUCCAAAUCAAAAUGACUUGUCUUAACAGUUAAAGCAUUAAAUUUUUACAUUCCUAUAAUAUUAUGUGAUUUAUAAAUCCAUGUAUGUUUAUAUACAUAUUAACUUAAGCUGUGUAUUUUAAUAAAUUAAUGGUAACUUGAGAUCUUUCUGUUUAGCACAUCCCAACACAGGGAAAUCAUUUUUGAUAUUUACCUGUUUGUAUGACCUGAAUGAAAUCAGUCAGUUUCAUCACUACCUACAGUGCCUAUUUGCUUUACAUGUAUGGAUGUUGAUUAAUUCAUCGUGUGAGAUACAACAUAGGAUUUUUUUUUGUUUUUAAUAAUGUGAAAGUGCCUUUCUCACAAAUGUCAACAUUGUAAAUCAGAAAUAGUUCUUUUCGGCAUUUGUCUGAUAUGACCCGGGGGUGUGCAUUCAUGUAAUAAAGACUUGCAGUUUUAGUAAGUAUGUCAGAUUCAGUAAUAAAGGAGCUUAUUUGUUA